CGAGGCGUUCCCCGCCGCCCUGUCUGUCUGUCUGUCUGCCUGCCCCGCGGAGCUACGAGACCCAGCCGAGGACCCGUCGCCUCCUCCCCGGACUAACGCGCUCCAUCCUCGGGGAACCAGCACCGCACCUCACCGUAGGCGCGGUUCUCCUGUGAACCAUUUCUCCUCCGGAUCGUGAAAUGUGAUGGGACGAGACAAACUCACAGGCUAGCUAUCCGGCUAACGCCGUUAGCUUCGGUAGCGGUCCUGCCCGAGCUAAUUGGCUCAGAUUUAAAUGGUGACUUCCUGUCUUUUCUGUGGAGGCAUCGGAUGUUUUUCAUGAAAGUGUGCAGCUGAGAAUGUUCCGUGUUUAGAUAGAUCCGCGGCGCGUCGGGUAUUUCUGGGAUAUUCCGCCUCUUUGCCCAAGUUUCCCGGCUCCAGACGCUCGCCCCCGGGGGCUGCUAGCAUGUUAGCACGCAGACAUGGACGUUGCUCGCUGGCUCGCUGUAAAAGGCAGAUCCGAGAAACAAGUUAGCCGCUCGGUCAAUCUCCUCCGCCGGCUGCAGCGGGUAGCACGGCUGAGUUCACUUUAGUUCGGGUUAGUUAGUGCUAGUUAAACAAACCCGCUUGACCCGACGACAACAGCAACGCAGCGGCGCCGUUUCCCCCUUUUCACGCAUCACUUCUCGAUGCGCUGUUCCACGCGUGAAGGAGCAGAUCACCGUACCGAGCUGAAAGCAAAGUGCUGACCGGAGGACAAGCGAGGAAACCCGGACUCUGUGCAGCCCGAUGUCCGCUGUCAUGGCUGCGGGCCGGAUCAACAUGAAAUCACUCGCCAAAUUCGGCUUCUGCCUGACGAUCCUCCUGACCUCCGUGGCUGCGGCGCAGGGCGAGGAGAGGGAGUGUGCCUUCACGGACCAGCAGCAGCCGUUGGGGGUAGAUCGAGUGGCGGGGGGCGAAGGUCGGGUCUCCCCCGAGAACACAACCAUCCGAUGUGCCAAGGGCGGCCACUGCUUUGGCUUGUGGGAGAAAAGUCCUCCAGGCGAAGUGCGGCUGGUCAAACAAGGAUGCUGGACCCACCUCGGGGACGACCAGGCCUGCCGCGAUGACCGCUGCGUGGUGACCAACCUCCCCCCGCAGAUCCAGAAUGGGACAUACCACUUCUGCUGCUGCGGGAGCGACAUGUGCAACGUCAAUUUCACCGAGGACUUCCCGAUGCCCAGCCCCACCACUGCACAGCCCCUCUACCCCCACACACUGCGCUACGAAGAGACGGUAAUUAUCGCCCUGGCAACAGUCUCCGUGAUGGCUGUGGUUGCUGUAGCAGCCUUCUUUGGUUACCGCAUGAUGCACGGAGGUGGGAAGCAAGGUCUGCACAACCUGAAUAUGAUGGAGGCUGCUGGCUCCGAGAGUUCUCUGGACCUAGACAAUCUCAAGCUGCUGGAGCUGAUUGGCCGUGGCAGGUACGGGACAGUGUACUGUGGCGCGCUGGACGAACGGCCGGUCGCGGUGAAGGUGUUCACCGCGGCCAACCGUCAGAACUUCCUGAACGAAUGCUCCAUCUAUCGGCUGCCGCUGCUGGAGCACGACAACAUCGCUCGGUUCGUGGCCGCAGACGAGCGCACCGGCCUAGAAGGACGCACCGAAUACCUGCUGGUCAUGGACUACUACCCACAUGGCUCACUGAAUCGCUACCUGAGCACCCAGACCAGCGACUGGAUCAGCAGCUGCCGGCUCGCUCACUCCGUGACCCGUGGCCUAGCGUACCUGCACACGGAGCUCUUCAAAGGAGACUUGUACAAGCCAGCGGUGUCCCACAGGGACCUGAACAGCCGGAAUAUUCUGGUGAAAAUGGACGGCACAUGCGUCAUCAUCGAUUUCGGCCUGUCCAUGAAGCUGACUGGAAACAGGCCGGCGCGUCACGGAGAGGAGGAAAACACUGCUAUAAGUGAAGUCGGGACAAUCCGCUACAUGGCUCCCGAGGUGCUGGAGGGAGCGGUGAACCUGAGGGACUGUGAGUCGGCGCUGAAGCAGGUGGACAUGUACGCCCUGGGCCUGGUCUACUGGGAGACCUUCAUGAGAUGCACUGACCUUUUCCCCGGAGAGUCUGUGCCAGAGUACCAGAUGGCUUUUCAGGCAGAGGCAGGGAACCACCCAACGUUUGAGGACAUGCAGGUCCUGGUAUCCAGGGAGAAACAACGGCCCAAAUUCCCAGAGGCCUGGAAAGAAAACAGUUUGGUAAAUGCCGUCCGCUCCCUGAAAGAGACGAUGGAGGACUGUUGGGACCAGGAUGCCGAGGCCCGCCUCACCGCGCAGUGUGCCGAGGAACGACUGGCAGAGCUGCUCCUCAUAUGGGACCGCUCCAAGUCCGUGAGCCCCACACUCAACCCCAUGUCCACCACUCUACACAAUGAGAGAAAUCGUAUGACGCCAAAGUCCGGCCCGUACACAGACCACCCAUCCACCUACAUCGAAGAGAACGAGGGUGUGGCCAAGAACACACAGACCGACACCACUGGCUCUUUGAGUGGCCGAGCUGUGGCCGGGACCGGGGAGAGAAACAGGAACUCCAUCAAUCAGGAGCGCCAGCAGCAAGCCAACGCCCGUCUGCCCAGCCCAGAGGGCAGCAGCACCAGCAUGGGACUGAGAGGAAGCCCCUCGGCCUCCACCACCACCACCACCACAAUCUCUGAGACCGAGGGACCGGCAGGGGUCCCUUCAGUCCCUGUCUGCCUCCACCUGACACAGGAAGACCUGGAAACCACCAAGCUCGACCCGAAAGAGGUGGAUAAGAACCUGAAGGAGAGCUCGGACGAGAAUCUGAUGGAGCACUCGCAGAAGCAGUUCUGCUCACCGGACCCACUGAGCCCCGGGAGCUCCAGCCUUCUUUAUCCUCUCAUCAAGAUGGCGACUGAGGCCUCGGGCACGUCAGACACUGCUGCCCCCAUGCCCACCACCAUCUUCCCCCUGCCUAAACAGCAGAACCUGCCCAAGAGGCCGUCCAGCCUGCCCCUGCGCACCAAGCCCACGAAGAAGGAGUCGUCGUCAUCUUCACUCAGGUUCAAGUUUGGACGCUCCGGGAAGUCCAACCUGCGGCAGGUGGAGGGAGCAAAGAUGAACAUUGGUGCAGUAACAGGCACAAACACAGCUGUGGAGGCUCAUCGGGGCCCAGGCACAAACAACAUACCCGCUCUACGAGACACGCAUGUCAACGGUAGCGUUAACGGCGCGGCCAAUGGUCACGCCAGCUCGUCCAUGGCUGCAGGCGGAGCGACCGGUUUUGGAGGAUCCGGUGUAACUCAGAACGGCUCCGGAGCCCUGAGGUCGGACGACAGCCGCCUGAGCCUCGGGGUCAUCACAGCCAGCCCCGACGAACACGAGCCACUUCUGAGCCGAGAGCGAGAGCAGCCAGACCUGAGAGACGCGUCCUCGAGCGUCGCCGCCCUCCGCUCUGCGCGGCCCAACACCAACAACAACAACAGCAACACCGGCCAGGGCCAGGGGGAAGGGGAGAGUGGAGGAGAGAGUGAUGGAGGGGAGGAGGGCGGGAGCGGAGAAGGAGGAAGCAGGGAAACCACCGGGCCCCAAGGAGAAAGCUUGGGCUCUGGGUCUGUUGCUGUGGAGGAAGCACCUGUCAUCAUGAGAGGGGAGGCCCUGCUCAGGCAGCCCAGAGCCCGCAGGCCUGAGAGACCCAACUCCCUGGACCUGUCCUUCACAACUCAGGACCUGGCCUCACUAGAAGCAGGCUUGUUACAGCCAGACGGAGCCUUGGGCACAGGCGAUAAGAUUAAGAAGCGCGUCAAAACACCUUAUUCUCUGAAGAAGUGGCGGCCCACCACGUGGGUCAUCUCCACAGACACCCGGGGGCCGGAGGUCAACAACAACGGCUCCGCCCACGGUCAAGGCCACAGUCAGAACCGGCCCAAGUCCAGCUCGGCUAUCUACCUGCGGGGGGGGAGCUUGGCCAGCGAGCCCAGUGACACGCAUGUGUGAACUCGGACCCUCUGACAAUACUGAAAGAAAAAAAAAAAGAACAAACAGAGCGGUUUGGUUUCUCUCUGUCGAGCCGCGGGCUCUGAAUCAGCAAGAGGAAGCUAUGGAGUGUGAAGAGUGGAGUCUGAUCGUGUACAGUAAUUAGGUUUGUCUCGCUCCUGUGUGUCUUUCUAAUGAUGGCAUUGCUUUAAAUGGUUCCAGCUAUGCAGCGUUCUCAUCCGCUUCUGUUCCUGCGUUUUGAUUAAUCUCCAUCUUUGUCGGUUUGUUCCAUGUUUCGUCCUCAUGAGCAUAGCAAUGUUUUGAACAGAUUUUCUUUCCCUCUUUCUCUCUAUGUGCACUUUGAACCGAUUCAAAUCAGUGUUUAGAAAUCCUGUCUGUUGCGACCACACCAAGAAGUGGUCUUUAAACUUAAAAAAGGCGAUGACAAACAAUCAACCCGUUGAGCGCUCUCUCUCUCUCUCUCUCUCUUGAAGUUUGCUGUAACGAGAGUGGGCUCAGUAAAUGAGUGAUGGUCUUAAAAGACAGAACACACUACUUUAACUUUUUUUAAUUUUAAUUUCCUUGAUAUGUAUGCAAUACAAAUUUUUGUCCUUUUUGACUGUCUCCAUUUGUUUUGUAUCAUAAUUUUUACUCGUGCAAUAGGAUGUAGCUUUUAGAUGCUUUCAAUGUUUUAUUGCUUCCAUUACUUUGGUUUUAUCCCGUGGUUAUUUUAAUAUGUUUAAUCUCUGUUGCACUUAUGAAUAGUCACAAUCGUUUAUUUGCAAACAAUCCACCAGACACUAUCACCCCCCCCCUCACUCGAGAGGAGAAAAUGGACGACAAUCCUCCUCUUUCUCCGGACUCUCCUUAGGGGGGAAAACACUAACAAGCGAUCCCAGCAGAGUGGAAAGUGGUUUUUUUUCUUUCUUUUCUCGUGGAACUUCUCUGCUUGCACAAUUUCACCAGGAAUAGCUCGAACUCCGGGGUCUUUUUGAAACACUACAAUCAUUCAAAUCAAAUUCACUGAGGGAUCUGUUACAGUGGCUGAGUCGGUCGCUGCACCACUAUCACCUGACCUCACUGUGUGACUGCUGUGUGUGACACAAAAGACCAGGAACACUAGAAGGCCCAGAUUCUGCUCUUUGGACUCUGUUGGAAAUCAGAAACUAGUCUAUAUAUAUAUAGACUAGUUUAUGUAUAUAUAGACUAGUUUCUGAUUUCCAACAGAGUUCAAAGAUAUAUAUAUAUAUAUAUAUAUAUAAAAAGAAGAAAAAUAAACCAAACCCCUUCCGAAGCAUGCUGGAUAUUAUUUCUGCUUCUCGUCGUCUUCAUCCUGUUCAUGUUCGAAUGACUGAUUUCAGUGAGUGCGUGUGAAUGUGCACGUGUUGUGUUUCCCUCCCAUCAGCAGGCGUUCGAACCGUCGGGGCCGCUCGCGCUGUACAGACUGAAAACUGAAACGUUCUCGUUCCCUCUGUGUUUUCAGCAGCUGCUUCAGGGCAUAUUGAAAAGAUCUCAUUUAUGUUUUUGUAACCUGUAAUUUGUAUGAAAAAAACAAUCAUAUACGUGUAUUACAUUGAUAUUUGCAUCAUUUUUAUGGAAUGAUGUAGUGCAUUCAAUGGACAUGGCCUUUGAUUCCAUUGCUAUGCGUAUGCUCGGUACAGUUCCUGUAAACAUUUUCAAGUCAAUAUGGAAGAAAAAAAAUCUCAAUAAAUGUAUGAAAAAAA